AUGCUCUGGAAAGUGUCCCUACCCAGGGGCCGACCAUUCCGAACCCUCCUUCUUUUAACCUUCACCCUCACAAUAUCCUACUACCUCUACACCAUCCGCCACAAAGCCGCCCCUCCACUCCCAAUAGCUGAAACCACCAUCCCCCUCCCUGUAGAGCCACCACCACCCCCAAAACCCAAACCUCUCCCCUGUCUCUCCCUCCCCGGAGCUUCAGACCUCGUCAUAAUCCUCAAAACCUCGGCCGCAGAACUCGAUGCAAAACUCCCCCAACUCCUCGCCUCGACAUUAAAAUGCUACCCAAACUUCCUCAUCUACUCCGACCACACCGAAACUCACUCCGGACAACCCAUCCUCGACGCACUUGAGAAUGUCAGCCCGAAGAUCAAAUCCACCCACCCCGACUUUGAUUUAUAUCGUAGAUUGCAAAAAAGCGGUCCCGAUGCCCUCGCCGAUGAGGAAAUGUGGAGCGCGGACAAAACUUCCCGGAGUUUGGAUAAAUGGAAGAUGUUGCCCAUAAUCCAUUCUUCCUUUCAGAAAUACGGCUCCGGGGCGGAUAAGAAGAAAUGGUUCGUCUUCAUUGACAUGAAAUCUCAUUUCUUCCAGUCCAAUCUCCUCCUCUGGCUGAACGAGUUGGAUCCCACCGAACCCUACUUCCUCAACAUCCAAGGCACACAAGCCGAAGCUUCCAUGCUCCUCGACAGCGGCUCUUUCGUCCUUUCCCAUCCCGCGAUCGAGGCCGUUUCCGCGGAAUACACUGCGAAGAAAGUGGCGUAUGAACAACUUACGAAUGAGAGGGCGACGGGACAUUCCCUCCUGAGGCAGAUUGUGGAGAAAGCGCGGAGUCGGACAAAGAGUUUGCAAAUGACCAAGAGUUGGCCCAUGUUUCAUCCUUGGAAACCCGCGAAGAUUGAUUAUUCGGAGCAGGUCUUUUUCGAGAGAUUGUGGUGCUAUCCGACGGUAUUUCAUGAAGGAUUGAAUACGGGGGAGAUUAUCGAGUUGUGGAAAUUCGAGCAGAUCUGGAUUGAAAUGCAUCCCAAAGGAGAGAUUAUGAGGCAUAGUGAUGUUUUCAAAGAAUACAUCCUCCCGAGAUUGAAGGCGAGGGGUGGAAAAGUGGAGGACUGGGAUAAUUUCAGCGGUGGGAUUAUGGACUUUGGAAUUGAAAAGGGGAGUGUGGAGGAGUGUAUGGAUACUUGUGUGCAGAGGAAGAAGUGUGUGCAGUAWAUGUAUAAGCAGGGGAGGUGUUAUUUCUCGGAUGUGCCUAAAAUGGGGGAGCCAGCUCAGGGGAUGCAGUCGAGGUGGUUGUUGGCCAAGACGAAGCAGUGGGCGGAUGAUAUGAAGAAGUGUACGGGAGAGGAGAGUUGGGCUUGA